ACCUCACUCUUUGUCUUGAACUUGUUCAGGAGGCUGCCGGGGAGAUCUUUGAAAAUCAAAUGUCUUGCCCUGGUUUUAUUAAAAUGAUCAAGGGAGUGGUAAAUAUUCUCCGGAGGGCGUCUACGCUGACAUCAGUGCAUCGGAGAGGGAUAAUUUUAGCGCCAAAGCAGUGGAAUUGCACAAAUCCAGCUUCCGAUGUCGCUUCCGAUGAUAUCUCUGAUCCAAUUCUCAAUCAGACUUUUGAGGAGUACCGCCGAAAGAAUCUCCUGCUGCUCAAGGUGAAGGGACUGUUGAAAUGUAGCCACAGGGAAGCGGAGAAAUUCAUUGAAUCCUCCAAGUACCUCAAGGUAAUGGAACAGAAUCAGAUUGUGGAGAUUUUGCGGUAUCUGCUGAAUAGGAAAGUGCCACCGGAGAGUAUUAUGGAGAAUCCUUGGCUACUGCUGCAGCCACAGAAUACUCUUAGGGAGAAAUGUCUGACUUUGCAUGCCAUGCAGCCACGGGAACUGCUCGAUUUUGUGCCUCUGUUGCGAGUAUCACUGCUGAGUCUCUUGAAAAUCCAGAAGAAGUACGAGUCGGAGGGUUCAACAAUCCCAGGGAAGCAUAGGGUGUACUAUCUCAGCGAUCGGCUGGAAGUGGAGCCAAAGAUUGUGUCCAAGUAUCUGUCUACGCAUCAGUUUAUGUUCUUCAUUGCCUUCUCGACACUCCAGGAGAUCCUGGAUCUCAUGGUGAAGUACAAUGUCGCUCCGAUGAAUAUUUUGAAGGACCUCUGGGCAUUCCGGUACAAUCCAAAGUCCGUGGAAUUUCGACUGGAUCGUGCAAGGCAGGCUGAAGUGGAAAAGCCAAUGCCGUGGAUGGUCCGUUGUCCAGUGCCGAUCCUUGAGAAAUCCCUGCAGAUUUCUGUAAAGCACCGUGCUCUGCUCGGUAGCAAUGAAUCUACGCUGGAGUAUCUGUCUGAGAGACUGGGAUAUGACCUAGAGACGAUGAGAUACAUCACUUCCAAGCAUCCGGCUGUUCUUCGUGUCCGGAUGACCAAAAUCAAGGAAAUACUCGACUUCCUGCUCCUCGAAGAGGGAUUUACAACGCAUGAUAUCGCUCAAGUGCCUCGGAUUCUCUGCCACAGUCUCGAGACGACACGGACACGCCUGGCGGAACUCAAAGGAUACGGCUGCGUCCCGUCAACUCUGGUCAUCCUUUGCAGGAGUCAGCGGGAGUAUGAAAAAUUCGUCAACAAUUGGCUAAUAACCCGAGAGAGGCUUGGACUUUUGAAAGAAAAUAAAGAAUAGAGGGAUUUGUUUCUAGGA